AUGGGUCAAAACUUCAAAAUCGAUCCUAACCAACCCAACCAUAAGCUAGAUCACGUUGAAAGGAUGAGAAAGAAUACCAAGAUAGACAAAAAUGGUGACCAGAAUCCUUUUCAUGGCGGUAGGGAUGGCGGUUGCGGCGGAGGAAAGGUAGGGUGGGAAGAGGAUGUCGGGCCGGUUCACUUGGGACCGAUCCUGUCGUUUGUGGCGGCCGGACGAAGGUGCUACUGGAGGUUUGAGAGAGAGAGAGAGAGAGAGAGAGAGAGAGAGAGAGAGAGAGAAGAAGAAGAAGAAGAAGAAGAAGAAGAAGAAUCUGAUUGGGUUUUUCAAAAUCCAACUUUGAAAUAUUUACGGUUAUGCCACUGCACUUCCGUUGAUCAUAACUUCUUUGUUAAAACUCCGAUUUGA